GACAGAACACGAAGAAAACACAACGAAAUGCAAGCAGCUCGAGUUCAGUCCGCUACGAAGUCGUUUCGCUGAAAGAACCCUUGUACAACAACUUUUUUUUCUGACCGAGUCCGAUAUCAGAUCACCAGCUAAUACAAUUUAAAUAAACACAGAGAAGAAGCAGAAUCCAAGUUAGACAAAAAUUAAGCCGCCUUGCAAGUCUCAAGGAGAUAAGUUUUUCGGAUUAUUUUUCCUCCUUAAAAAGUUCUAGCAGCCAGCAAGUCAGCAUUCUUACACACAAGGACAACACCAAAAAUUGCCAUAUCUACAUACUCUUCUACUUUUUAUUUUCUAUUCUGUAUUAUAAUCUCGGCUCCAACCAAACCCACAUUCUAAAUUCUCAAAGAAGCAAAAGCAAGUUUUUGUGCUGCUGCAUUAUGUCUGGUCUAACCACAAAGCUACCAACAUUCGAAGAAAUAGAAAAGAUUGCCAAAGAAACGUACAAGUUGAGUUUUGGCAAAACUCCGGAGAUCUCCUGCUGUGCACCAGGACGUGUUAAUUUGAUUGGCGAACAUGUUGAUUAUAACGAUGGAUUCGUCCUGCCUAUGGCACUUCCUAUGGUGACAAUAAUCGUAGGAGGUCCCAAUGGCAAGAAGGAUGAGGCUGACAUUGUAACGCGCUGUGAUGGAGCUGAUGAGCCAAAAAAAGUUCGAGUUAAUUUGAAAACUUUGCAACCUGGCACACCAAAGUGGGCAAACUAUGUUAAAGGAGUUAUCCAUUCUUUUGGACAUCCAGUUGCCGGUUUCAAUGCAGUUAUCGUUAGUAAUGUGCCUGUUGGCGGUGGCCUGUCAAGCAGUGCAGCACUAGAAGUUGCAACACUAACAUUCCUCGAGCAACUCACAGGAAAAGCUGCCGAAAGUAAUGCUAGAAGAGCACUGAUAUGCCAGGAAGCUGAACAUAAGUUCGUGGGAAUGCCAUGCGGAAUAAUGGAUCAGAUGAUAUCCGUUGCCGGAAAAAAGGAUCAUGCAUUGCUUAUCGACUGCAGGUCUCUGGAAACUUUCCAAAUUCCCUUUUUAGCCAAGGAUCUGGUGGUUUUAAUUUGCAAUUCAAAUGUGCGGCAUGAGUUAUCCGACAGUGAAUAUCCAACGAGGCGAAAACAAUGCACAGAGGCACUCCGGUUAAUGGAUCUCAAGAGUUAUAGAGAUGCAACAGAAGGCAACUUGUCAGCCUUGGAUGGAGCUGAGGAAGUGCUAUUGAAAAGAGCCAGACACGUCAUUACGGAAAUUAAGCGCACACAACUGGCUUGCGAGGCAAUGCGGGACUGUAAUUUCGAAGAGAUGGGUAAACUAAUGACUCAGUCUCAUGUGUCACUACGUGACGACUUUGCAGUGUCGUGCGACGAGCUGGAUGUCCUUGUGGCAUCAGCCAUUAAUUGUGCCGGCGUACUGGGAUCACGUAUGACUGGUGGUGGAUUUGGUGGCUGUACGGUGACACUAGUUGGUCAAAGUUCAGUUGGGAAUGUGAUCGCAAGGAUGCGAGAAAAUUUCAACGAAAAAUUCAAUAAUAGUGGACAGAAUCUGGAAUUUUACAUCUGUACUCCCAGCGAUGGAACUAGGAGAAUUUAAUUUUGAAUUGAAUCCGUGAAGUGCAACUAACAGCAGCAGCAGCCAACAGCAUUCACCAUCGCAUCAUCACAUUGCCACUAGCAGCGCAAGCAAGCAAUCCGUGUGGCAUCGCAUCUUUCAUCGGCAUGAACUAUCAACUGAUGCAGCAUCAGCAGGGAUUGUCUGAUAAAAACUUUUCCUCUCUCUCACCAUCAUCAUCGACGUGAUGGUGAUGAAGGGAUAAAUUAUUUUAUUUUUUUUUUUUUUUCAUUUUCAACUCCAUGAGUCAAAAGUUGUGUUUUCGUUUUACUUUCUUUUUUUUUUUUAUUUUGUUCGUUUGUUUGCGAUGCGAUUGUUGAAUUGUGUUAAAAAUAUAUAAAAAAAUAUCAACUUUUUAUUUUCUAUAAUAUUAAUCCCCAUAUUGUGUACAUUACUUAACUUUACGUGUGUUUUUUUGGUUCAAAAAAUAUAAAUUUUUUAAAAUUCAGGUAA